AUGAGUAAAGUGGAGGUCGCUGGAGCGCCGCUGGACGCGCGCAUACUCGCGAGCAUCCUGUCAUCGAUGGGCAUCGAAGAGUAUGAUGAUCGCGUCAUCCACCAACUACUGGAGCUUCUCUAUCGCUAUGUUGCAGAGGUCUUGACAGACGCGCGGGACUUGUCAGAACACGCUCAUCGUGGCCAGGGCAAAGUUAGUCGCACUGGUUCUGGAGUUAGCGCAGCUGCUGCAGCUGGUGACAUGGCUGAGAUCGACGUGAACGACGUGAAGCUAGCUAUUGAACUCAAGCUACAACGAGAGUUCGUGCAGCCUCCACCGCGAGAAGUGCAGAUGCUUCACGCUCGUGAACUGAAUGCGGUUCCCCUGCCUGUAUUCAGAGGCGAUCGCGAUACAGUGGAGCUCCCGCCCGAGGAACUCCAACUCACCGCUCCGGUUUUCCGGGUGACGGCUCAGAAGAGGAAACGGGAACUCAAUAAACGAGCAUUGCCAGUAGCCACAGACGGAGGCGGCUACUCAACCGUGCUCGCAGUGUCCGACGCAGUCAACCAGCGAGUCGCCAUCGUGACGCAUGCGCACAGCGAUACCGCUGGUAACUUGGGCGACAGUCCGCAAACGCGGAUGAUUGAAUCGGAACCUCUAGCGGAGGAGGCAUUUGCGAGAGCAUCGCCUUCUGUUGAUGAAUCGUCAGAGCAUGAGGAAGCCAUGGUGACGAAUUCGCCGGAGGCGGAUCCAGAGCGCACCGGGGAACCGAGCAGUGCGCCCACAGCCGCUGCAGAUGCCGCCAGAGCGGAACCAGCAUCCCGUCGAUCGCGUCGUCGAUGA